AUGGAUUCCCACGUGAUUUAUUUGGGGAACAGGACUGAAGUCACCAUGUUUAUCCUGACCGGUUUCACAGAUGAUCAUGACCUGCAAGUCUUCCUGUUUUCCCUGUUCCUAGCAGUCUACCUCUUCACUCUGGUAGGAAACUUGGGUCUGGUAUCUUUGGUCAUCGCUGAUAUCCAGCUCCAUAAACCCAUGUACUAUUUUCUCAGCAUGUUAUCAUUCUUGGAUGCCUGCUACUCCACAGUUGUCACCCCAAAAAUGUUAGUCAAUUUUCUGAUGAAGGAUAAAACCAUUUCACUUCCUGGAUGUGCAACACAGAUGCUUGUCUUUGUUACUUUUGGGACCACAGAGUGCUUUCUCUUGGCAGCAAUGGCUUAUGACCGCUACGUGGCCAUCUACAACCCUCUGCUGUAUUCAGUAAGGAUGUCACCUGGAGUCUAUGUCCCACUGAUCACUGCUUCCUAUGUUGGUGGUAUUAUACAUGCCACGGUACAUACUGUGGCCACGUUUAGCCUGUCCUUCUGUGGAUCCAGUGAAAUUCGGCACGUGUUCUGUGACAUCCCUCCACUUCUGGCUAUCUCCUGUUCUGAUACCCACACAAACCAGCUUCUACUCUUCUACUGUGUGGGCACCAUUGAGGUGGUCACCAUCCUGAUCGUCCUCAUGUCCUAUGGCUUCAUCCUGUUGGCCAUUCUGAGGAUGCGUUCUGCUGCAGGGAGGAGGAAAGUGUUCUCCACAUGCGGCUCUCACCUAGCCGGAGUGUCCAUUUACCACGGGACGAUCCUCUUCAUGUACGUGAGACCAAGUUCCACCUACGCCUUGGAGCAGGACAUGGUGGUGUCCAUAUUUUACACCAUUGUGAUUCCCAUGCUCAAUCCCAUCAUCUACAGUUUGAGGAACAAAGAUGUCAAAGGGGCGAUGAGAAAAUUCUGUAAGAGAAAUUGGUUUGAAAACAAAGUUCCUUUUUAG